AUGUCUAAGAUUAAGGAGUAUGAUGUAGCAGCAGAACAAUAUCUUAGAGCUGUGGAAGAGCAAUGGAGUGUGCACAAGUUUGAUAGAAUAGUUUGUUGUGAUCAUAACACAACAAACUUUGUUGAGUCAUUCAAUGCAUGCACAAAGCCCAUCAGAGAUAUGCCUGUCCUGACAUUAUUGGAAACUGUAAGAAAUUGGCGCAUGAAAAGGAUAGGUGCUAGGUUUGAUAAAGCAAUUGACAUGACAAGGAGUGAUGAGUCUAGGUUCUCCCAUGUAACAGCCUGUGGAGGUGGAGAGUUUAAAGUCAGGGAUGGCCAUGUUAAGUUCCCUGUCACACUAGGGAAUAUGAGCUAUGGGUGUGGGAAAUGGCAAGGAUCAGGGAUACCAUGCAAGCAUGGUCUAAGGGUCAUUUACAGCCAAAGACUUGAACCGAGGGAUUUUAUGUCAACAUACUUCAAGGGGGCUGCAUAG